AUGGGAAGUUUGGAUUUUCUCGAAAGCAUGACGCAAAGUUCAGGAUCCACGGAGCCUUCAACGCCGGGUGACAAUAUCAACGUCGUGGUUCGCGUUCGUCCCUUGAGCGACAAAGAGAUCCGUGAAGGCGACGAAAUGGUGAUUCAAUUCCCCGGAAAUGGACAAUUAUUGUGUGAAGCGCAAAAUAAUGGCUCAAAAAGUGCCCAAUCGCCGAAACAAUUUUCCUAUAAUGUGGUUUUUGAGCCGGGAGCGACGCAGGAUGACAUUGUACAGUAUUCGGGGAUCAAGAGACUCAUCGAGAUGGCAAUUGAGGGAUUUAGUUGUACGGCAUUUUGUUACGGGCAAACUGGUUCGGGGAAGACUCAUACGUUGACGGGACCUCCUGAAUUGUUCAUUGGAAAGCCAGAUCUCAACCACGAAUAUCACGGUCUCGUUUUCCGCUCGUUCCUGUACUUGUUUCAACAGAUAAAAUCCCGAACCGACAUGAAUUUUGUUCUGCAAGCGUCGUUCCUUGAAAUCUAUAAUGAAAAGGUAAUCGAUCUCCUAAAUCCCGGCAGCGCUCGCAAACCAUUAGCAGUUCGAUGGAGCAAAAAAUCGCGCGGCUUUUUCGUCGAAAACUUAUUUACCGUUGACUGUGAAGAAUUGGAUGAUUUAUUGGCUGUUUUGGAAGAAGGAAUGAGAAAUCGAUCAACGGGUUCGCAUCAAAUGAACGAACACUCGAGCAGGUCUCACACGAUACUGACGGUGCACAUAACGUCAGAGCAGCAGGCGGAAAAUGGCGUUUACUUGUCGAAACAGGGAAAAAUUAACUUUGUCGAUUUGGCGGGAAGUGAAAUGACGAAAAAGACUCACAGUGAGGGCAAAACUCUCGAAGAGGCGAACAAUAUUAACAAGAGUUUGAUGGUUUUGGGAUAUUGCAUCGCUCAAUUGAGUGACAACAAAAAGAAAUCUGGGCAUAUUCCGUACCGAGAUAGCAAAUUGACAAAGUUGCUUGCUGAUAGUUUGGCGGGAAAUGGAGUUACUUUGAUGAUCGCUUGCAUCUCUCCCGCUCGUUCAAAUCUCUCCGAGACGAUCAACACUCUCCGUUACGCUGCACGAGCCAAGAAAAUCCGAACAAAGCCCGUUAUCAUGAUGGAUCCUCGUGAAGCCCUAAUUCUCAGUCUCAAGCGUGAAGUCAACAAUCUCACGAUGGAAAACGAGCAUCUCAAGAACGCCUUGCAUCUUCAUUCAGACCACGGCGAAAUGAUUCCCUUCACAAACAUCAGCAGUGAACCUCCUCGUCCCAUAACGCCCGCCCCGAAAGUCGACUUGGAUCAACUUGCCGAGCUCGAAGGCACAAAACUCGCGGAAUUGAUAAAAUUGUACAUCAAAGAAAACGAAGCGCUUCGCACGGAAAAUGCCGAAUUAUAUUCGUCGCGUGAAAUGGUGCUGCGCGAUCAGGAAAUUGUGUGCCGGGAAAAUGAACGGCUGCUGAAGAAACUCGAGGAUGUGAACUCUGUUUGUGUUAGGUCACCCAUCAUUGAGUCAAAGGGUACGUUUAAGGAUGAGCUUGAGCGGGAGGCACAACCGCCGGAAAUGUGGCGAAAUCCGAUAAAUGGAAGCACGGAUAGCGUUGCUGAUCAGUCAAAGUAUCGAAGCACGGAACACUUAUCAGGUCGUGUCUCAGCAAACGAAUAUCGCAUCCCCGAAGAUCUCCAAAAGGAACUCGAUCGUCGACGCAUCGGAGAAAGUAUCAACCAGAUUGCAAACACGAUUCGUCGUCACAACUCCGAUCAUUCGAUAACAGGUCCCAAGAGUCGCGGUUCAAGCGGAACAGUGAAGAAAAUGUCUCCAAAUAGCGCCGAACAUCGAGCUGCAAGACGAACCGAUACUACCCGAUAAACGCCUCGGACUCGAGCACCAACUAUUUUCGGACGAGCUUUAAAGAUUAUAUUUUAUCACAAAAAAAAUUGUAAAUAAUUUUAAAG